AUGGUAUCUUCAUUAUACUUUCUUUUUAGCCUUGUAGGCCUCCAAUACGCAUCCGCUGCUACCCUUCCGCAACCAGUGGCUACGGAAAGUCAUUCUCGUCGAAGUGGUCUUCUCGGAUUGGGCGAUGUCCCAGUACUAGGCCCCUUAGUUGAUAAAACCACCUCAAACUUACUGCCAACAGACAAUCAGAAUGCGCGACAAGUACCCUCUGGCACGGGAUCUGUAAAAGUUGUUUUGGACUACGGCGAUUUCAAUGGAAACACCAACAACGGGGUCGACCAGUUUUAUGGCAUUCCAUAUGCCGAACCACCUGUCGGCGCACGUAGAUUGACAAACCCCAUAUUUCCUUUGGGAAAGUAUCCCAAUUUUGAUGCUACGAGGACACCAUCCAGUUGUGCUCAGCAAGUCCUCACGGGAGGAGGAAAUCCACUCUUCGACAUCGCAUCCGUUGUCACUGACGAACUUGACAAACUUCCAAUUUAUGCACCAGGAAUUGGGGGUCAAGAAGACUGCCUCACUUUAGAUAUCUUACGACCUACAGGGAUCCAAAAGGGGGCCAAUUUACCUGUCAUGUUUUGGAUAUACCCAGGGGACUUUGCAUUUGGUUCAUCAACACUACUUCAAGGUAAUAAUUGGGUUGAAAAAAGUGUUGCCUUGGGCCAACCUGUCAUUUUUGUCGCAAUCAAUCACAGAAUGGGGGCCUUCGGAUUCCUCGGAGGGAAACAAGUUGGCGCUGCAGGAGUGGGUAAUCUCGGCUUGAAAGACCAGCGUCUGGCGAUGAAAUGGGUCCAACAACAUAUCUCUGAGUUUGGUGGAGACCCUGCUAAAGUCAUGCUUUUUGGGGAAUCAUCUGGCUCCAUCUCUAUCUCACAUCAUCUCUUCAUCAACAACGGAGAUAACGAGGGACUUUUCAGAGCUGCCAUCUGCGAAUCCGGGAGUGCUUUCCCAGUUGGAACUUUGGCCGAAGGAGCUGGUCAAACCACUUACGAUGCCAUCUUGAAAGACAUUGGUUGCGCGGAUAAGCCUGAUGCAUUGGCGUGCCUGAGAAGUGUGGAUUUUGCUACCUUAUACGCUGCAUCAAACCGAUUACCAGGACCUUUCUCCGGAGGCUCAUAUCCCUUAGCUUAUGCUCCGUACGUCGAUGGAGAAUUUGUCACAGGAAGUAUGGAAGAUAAUCUCGAAGCCGGAAAGUUUGCGCGCGUGUCGUUGAUCACCGGAGCAGAAGAUGAUGAAGGAACAUUGCUAACUCUAGGCGUGGCUCCUUCGAUCCUCACCGAGUCAAACUUGAAAAAAUAUCUGUCACGCUUGGUACCAAAAGCUACACAAGAGCAAAUUGAAUUCGUCACCAAGGCUUAUCCUCAAGACCCAACACAAGGUUCCCCUUUCAACACAGGAUUACUCAAUACUCUUACCCCAGUCUUUAAACAAUAUGCAGCUAUCUUUGGUGACGUAGGGUUCCAGGGAUUACGUCGUCUAGUCUCCAGGCAGGUUAACAGACAUAUGCCAACCUGGGGUUACAUUGACCGUGGGAUGAAAUCAACCCCCAUUCUAGGCUCAACUCACACCGUCGAAUUACUCUCCACUUUUGGUAUCAUUCCUGGACCUAGAGCUGAUGAUUUCCAAUCUCGCUGGAUAGCAUUUGCUAACAAUCUAGACCCUAAUGUACCAGGACUUCCCAGAUGGGAGAACUACGGAGGACCAAGUGGGACAGAUGAUUUUAAAGGAAAUGUACUUCAAUUCCAAUCAUCUGGUUCAACUGGAACUAUCCCUGAUGAUUUUAGAUCAACUCAAAUUAAUUAUUAUUUGGAUAAUCUCAAGACUUUCAGACUUAUUUCUGCAUAA